UGAGCACAUUGUCAAGCAGAUUGGUGUCAUUACCUGAGCCGUUGUAGACUACUGUAACAUAGUAUUCCUUACAGUAAGUGUACAGCAGCGUGUUGUACAAGUGCUGACAUGCAUGCACACAUGAUGAAUAUGCUUCGAUCAACGCUUUUACAUCCUAAUAAACUACGAAAAGGAGCGUUCAAUUCUGCAUUGAAAUAUAUGAGUAUGACUUCAAUAUAAUGACCAGGAAUUUAAAACAUUACGUUCCAGUAUCACGUAUGUCUUCAAACACGGACAGAGUUUAGGUAGAAUGGAAACUUUCUUUAGUUGGCUUGCUCUGUUUUCAAAGUCUCAGGUAAACGAAGUAGUUGGAGAAAUAGACAAGUUACAUGCAUAUAUAAAGCAGAAAUUAAAGAAUCAUUCUAUUGAAAAUAAUCAUAAGUUACCACAUGAUUUGUUAGCUGCUUAUUUGAAUCUGUCUGAAUCAGAAAGGAAGGACAGUGCCUUAUCAGAAACUAAUUUGUUCCAAGCUAUCAUUGACAUGUAUAUUGCUGCAUACGACACUUACACAGCCACGAUGAUGAUAAUUGUGUAUUAUCUAUUGAAAUACCCGGAUGUCCAAAAGAAGUGCAGGGAAGAAAUACAUAAGGUAUGCAAAGGAAAAGGGACUGUCACCUUUGAUGAUAAGGAUAAACUGCGUUACGUCGAAUCAACGAUCAAAGAAGUACUGCGUAUUGCAAAACCAGUUGUACUUGCUAUAUACAGAACCAUCAAACGGAAUAUAACAGUCGACGGGUAUAAUAUUCCAGCAAAAUCUAUCAUACUGUAUGAUUUAAAUGAUCCACAGGUUGACUCUACACUAUGGGACAAUCCUAACGUAUUUGAUCCUGACAGAUGGACAAACCCUCAGACGAACGGAUACCUUCCUUUUGGUCUGGGACCAAGACGAUGUGUAGGUGCACCAACGGUAGACAUGUCUCUUUUUCUGAUGAUCACAAAUAUACUACACAAAUUUGAAUUAGUUCCUGAAGACAAGAACAAUUUACCUAUGGAACGAGAAUGGUCUGGGGUUGCUCUUUUUCCAAAACCCUUCAAAAUGUAUAUAAAGCCUGUGGAAUAUUGACGAUACCUUCAAGAUAUUACUGCUUUUUUAUAAUUUAAUUUUUAUCAUAUAACACAUACGAAAUGUAUACUAGUUCAAUACUGAAAUAGUUUUCUUUUCCCUUCCUUUUUAUCUAUCUUCUUUUUCAUUUCAAAAUAAAUAUAUGUGUUUUAUAAUAUUU